AUGUCCUCCGAAUCCCUCUCGGCGUUCAUCGUUGGCGCCAGUGGAGCGGUGGGGAAACGACUCGUUCAGGUGCUCUCAAAAGAUAACAACUUCUCGAGGAUCGUCUUGUUGGGGCGACGAACGUUAGAGUUGGAGGAACCCUCGCAAAAAGUGGAGCAACGGGUGAUCGACUUUGAGAAACUCGAUGAGCAUCGUGCCGCUUUUGACGGCUUUGAUGUCGGUUUUUGUGCUCUCGGCACAACGAGGGCUAAAUCGGGAGCGAAAGGUUUCUACCGUGUCGAUCACGAUUACAUUGUUGAAAGCGCAAAGCUAGCAAAAGCAGGUGGCACAAAAACGUUUUGCUUGGUUUCGAGUGGAGGGGCGAAUGAGAAUUCUCCCUUUCUUUAUAUGAAAACAAAGGGCCAAGUCGAGCGUGAAAUCACCGAGAUGGGUUUCGAUCGUUUAGUCAUCGCUCAACCUGGAGUGCUUGAGGGGCCAAGGGAGGAGUUUCGUUUUGCUGAAGCUGCUGCAAAGUUCUUCUUAAAGCCAAUGAAGUUAUUCACAAACAAUCUUGCGAUUGAAACGAUCGACGUGGCAAAGGCUCUAACCCUUUGUUCUCUUCAAAAAGGUGCGUCAAAUCGUGUGGAAAUCAUUCAAAACGCGGAUCUCAUCAAAAUGGCGAGAAGUUACGAUGAAAAGAAA